ACCCACACGCAGCUUCAUUUUCUCUUGAUAGAGAGAGGUACGGUAGACCUCCAUCACUUUCCUCCACUCCCGCCUCGUUUGGCUUCACCUCCAAACAGCCCCCUGAUUGAUGCAUUAUUAAGAGGAAUUGAUACCCCUAUCCAAAAACGGCCUUAACUGUAACAGACCACCCUAUAAAACCCUGAAAUGUCUCGGGUAGCAGCAGAGAAUCAGAUAUCGCCGUUUUUCUCUAUGGAGCUCGACGAAUUCCCACGCGCCUCCCACGGCGCGUCACCCUCACUCGGCCAGCUUCUGAAGCACGUCGGAGAUGUCCGUAAGGAGGCCACCGGCGACGGCGGCGAGACUCCCAUGCAUCACCACCAGGUGCUCGACAUGAGCGACGAGACUCUUGAAAACCCUAGGUCGCUUCCGUUCGUGCUCUCGUUCACUAAUCUGACUUACAGCGUCAAGAUUCGCCGGAAGUUCAGUCUUUCCGGGAUGUUAACUGGCCAGAACAACCGUCUCGGGGCUGCGACGCUGUCGGAACCCGUCGGAGGGGAGAGCCUGUUCACGAGGACCAAGACGCUGCUGAACGACAUCUCCGGCGAGGCUAGGGAAGGAGAAGUGCUGGCGGUGCUCGGCGCGAGCGGUUCCGGCAAGUCGACUCUCAUCGACGCCUUGGCCAAUCGCAUCGCCAAGGGAAGCCUGAAAGGAAAGGUCUGCCUCAACGGCGAGGUCCUGGAGUCGCGGCUGCUCAAAGUGAUCUCAGCUUACGUCAUGCAGGACGACCUGCUAUUCCCGAUGCUGACGGUGGAGGAGACGCUCAUGUUCGCCGCCGAGUUCCGCCUCCCUAGGGCUCUCUCGAAAUCCAAGAAGAAAAUGAGGGUCCAGGCACUGAUAGACCAGCUCGGCCUCCGCAACGCUGCCAGCACCAUCAUAGGCGACGAGGGCCACCGCGGCGUCUCCGGCGGAGAGCGCCGCCGCGUCUCGAUCGGAAUCGACAUCGUCCACGACCCGAUCAUCCUCUUCCUCGACGAGCCGACCUCCGGCCUGGACUCAACCUCCGCCUUCAUGGUCGUCAAGGUCCUCCAGCGGAUCGCUCAGUCCGGCAGCAUUGUGGUCUUGUCCGUACACCAGCCGAGCUACAGAAUCUUGGGCCUGCUGGACCGCCUCCUCUUCCUCAGCCGCGGCCAAACCGUUUUCAGCGGCUCGCCAGCUCAGCUUCCCUCCUACUUCGCCGAGUUCGGGCGGCCCAUACCCGACUCCGAAAACAAAACCGAGUUCGCUCUGGACCUCAUCCGAGAACUGGAAGGCUCCCCCGGCGGGACCCAAUCCCUCGUCGAGUUCAACAACUCCUGGCAGACCAUGAAGCACAGCGAUCACUACCGCUCCGCCACCGACAUACGACACGUCGUUCCCCUCCAAGAAGCCAUCUCCGCCAGCAUUUCCCGCGGCAAGCUCGUCUCCGGCGCCACCAACAACGACGCCAGCCCCAACUCCAUGGUCCCCACCUUCGCCAACCCCAUCUGGAUCGAAAUGGCCGUCCUGGCGAGACGCUCCAUGAAAAACUCGAGACGAAUGCCGGAGCUGUUCGGAAUCCGGCUGGGCGCAGUGGUGGUCACUGGGUUCAUCCUGGCCACCAUGUUCUGGAAUCUGGAUAAUACCCCUAAGGGAGUCCAAGAACGCCUCGGGUUCAUCGCCUUCGCCAUGUCCACCACCUUCUACACCUGCGCCGACGCCUUACCCGUCUUCCUCCAAGAACGCUACAUCUUCAUGAGAGAGACCGCCUACAAUGCCUACCGUAGAUCUUCGUACGUUCUUUCACACUCUCUAGUGGCUCUUCCGGCGCUGGUUUUCCUCUCCGCCGCGUUCUCCGCCAUCACAUUCUGGGCAGUGGGCCUCGACGGCGGGCUGUCGGGGUUCCUAUUCUACUUCCUCAUCAUCUUGGCCUCGUUCUGGGCCGGAAGCUCAUUCGUCACAUUCCUCUCCGGCGUCGUCCCCCACGUCAUGCUCGGCUACACUAUAGUCGUGGCAAUCUUAGCCUACUUCCUUCUCUUCAGUGGCUUCUUCAUAAACCGUAAUAGAAUCCCGGACUACUGGAUUUGGUUCCACUACAUGUCACUAGUGAAGUACCCCUACGAGGCUGUAAUGCAGAACGAGUUUCAGGACCCGACUAAGUGCUUCGUGAGGGGUGUACAGAUAUUCGAUAAUACUCCGCUGGCUUCGGUCCCGGCGGCGCUGAAGGUGAAGCUUCUGGGCAGCAUGAGCGAGACGCUGGGGAUGACGAUUACGAGGACGACUUGCUUAACAACUGGGAGUGAUUUAUUGAAGCAGCAGGGAGUUACUCAGCUGAGCAAGUGGAAUUGCUUGUGGAUCACGGUGGCGUGGGGGUUUCUGUUCAGGAUUCUCUUCUAUUUUUCGUUGCUGAUUGGGAGCAAGAACAAGAGGAGGUAGAAGAAGAUGGGUCGUCGUUGUCGUCAUGCAUGGAAACUGUAAGCUUAGCUCUAGCUUAUUGCUCUCUAGCUCCGUGUUUUGUUUGGCGAGAGGUGGUUGAUGAUUUUUAUGUUUUAAUUGUUUUUUUUUUCCUUCACAGUUUUAGAAUUUGAGUUUUCCAUUAUUAUUUUGAACUGUUUUGGUGGUGCCUCACCGUGCAUGUACAAGUACAAGUGUUACAUAUAUACUUCGCAAGAAUUAAUAAGAAACUAUUUCAUUCA